AUGAAGUAUUGUUGCAACAAAGCAGAGUUCAAAGAGGGUAGCAAUGUUAAACCAAAUCAUCCUGAGAUUCAUCCAAACCAAAGCAGCGAGUCAGAAAGGAUAAAGAUCAUGCAUCGUAGUCAUGAAACGAGAACAGGCUAUAAUUCAAAGAUACGGCUUCAGUUUGACAAGGAUAAUGCAAAGUACAAACUGACAUGCUUUGAAGACAACCACAAUCAUGAUUUACAUCCUCCAAAACACAAGCACAUGCUUGAAGCUGGACUACCAAUCAGAUCAUCGUACGUUUUGAUGAAAAUAGCUGCUGGAGGAAAGGAAAAUAUGGGGUUUCUGAAGUUGGACUUGAAGAAUCACAUGAAGAAAAGAAGGAAAGAAAUUUUCAAGGAGGACGAAGCAAAUGCGAUACUGCAGUAUUUUGGCCAAAGAUCACAGAAUAAUCCCUUAUUCUUUUAUGAAAUUGAAGUCGAUUAUGAAGACAAGAUUGCUGAUAUAUUCUGGUUAGAUGCAAAAAUGAGGGAAGACUACACAUUGUUUGGGGAUUCUAUUACGUUUGACACCAUAUACCAAACAAAUAAGAACCACAGACCACUACGUAAACAUAGUCAGCAUUUCAUCUCAAUUAACCAGCAUUUCAUCGUCAAUUAG